GAGUUAGUAGCAGUACCAGCGGAUUUGUACGUGACGUUAAUAAUUCUAUUCCACCGGCCUCCUGUUUUUCUUGCUUUUUCUUGGCCACCACUCUGUGGCUUUGACCCACUUGAAUGCGUGGGACCGUGGAGGAAUAUUCAUGACCGUGCCUCAGCGGAACGAUAGUCAGUUUCGACCGUCGUCGUCCAGCAAAUCGACGGAAGCAGAGAGGGAGUUCGGUGGUAGUUGUUGGCGAGGAUUGUUGGUGUGGUAUAUAGAACCCAUAACGUGGUGCUCUCUUGCUGCCUGUGUGUCCCCCCCGAAAUAAACCCCACACCACACUCUGUGUGGCCGUUGGCGUUCGACAACGGUGUUUCUUUGUUCGGCUCCAUUGAUCAAGGGCCUUCACUUGCUCCAUAGCCGAGCAGAGAGAAGUGAGAACGCCACGCCCAACUGGUAUUCAGCUACGCCCACAAACACAGACACGCCCUCCUCAAACACACCCAUCUAGGCGUUGGCCGCACAUUGCAUCCACUGUUACACGCACUCUGUUCCACCUCAGUUGCGGAUCUGCAGCUGUCACUUUCCAGGAGGAGAGAAGAAAGAAGGAGACGUCCCCGUUCCUGAUCCAGAGCUCGACGCACCAGUCACUGUGGAUAUCAGCACGCUCAACAACUCGCGGCCACGCUCUCCUAUGGACAAACAGAAGAAGCCAAAACGUCCUAGAAUGUCUGUCGAUAGGAUUGUAGAAGGUAUUCGCCACCCAACAGCCGCUGUCACUGGAAAUAACCCGCAGCCUCUCCCUGCCCGACCGUUAGUGGCGCUGCUUGAUGGGCGGGACUGUAGCGUUGAGAUGCCCAUCCUUAAAGAUGUUGCCACGGUAGCAUUCUGCGAUGCUCAAUCUACAAAUGAAAUACAUGAAAAGGUGCUGAAUGAAGCUGUGGGGGCGCUGUUGUAUCACUCCAUCACAUUGACCAAAGAAGACUUGGAAAAGUUCAAAGCAUUACGGAUCAUUGUACGUAUUGGAUCUGGAUAUGAUAAUAUAGACAUCAAAGCCGCUGGCGAUUUAGGUAUGGCUGUGUGUAACGUACCUGGUUAUGGCGUGGAGGAAGUAGCAGACUCAACGCUGUGUCUGAUCUUGAAUCUAUACCGUCGGACUCAUUGGAUGGCGGAGAUGGUUAAAGAAGGAAAGAAACUCCUCGGAGCUGAACAGAUCAGAGAAGCUGCUGUAGGAGCAACAAGGAUCAGAGGAGAAACACUGGGAAUCAUUGGGCUAGGUCGUUGUGGUACAGCGGUAGCGCAAAGAGCCAAGGCAUUUGGGUUCAGCAUCCUCUUCUAUGACCCAUACCUCGCUGAUGGUAUAGAAAAAUCACUGGGGCUUACUCGUGUCUACACAUUACAGGAUCUGUUGUUUCAGAGUGACUGCGUAUCGCUUCACUGUUCACUCAACGAACAUAAUCACCAUCUCAUUAAUGAAUUCACCAUCAAACAGAUGCGCCAGGGAGCGUUCCUCAUCAAUACCUCACGAGGAGGCUUGAUCGAUGAGAGCGCCCUCGCUCAGGCUCUGAAAGAAGGCCGUAUCCGUGCUGCCGCAUUGGACGUCCACGAAAACGAGCCGUUCACGUUCAGCGGGCCAUUGAAGGAAGCUCCAAAUUUAAUCUGUACACCGCAUUGUGCGUGGUAUAGCGAGCAAAGCAGCACUGAAGUGCGUGAGAGUGCGGCUGGUGAGAUUCGCCGUGCUGUGACCGGACGGGUCCCCCACAAUCUACGUAAUUGUGUCAACAAGGAAUACCUCAUACCAAGUAAUCAGUGGACGGAAGUAGCACAUCCACCUGAACUCAAUGGCUCGGCCACGUACCGAUAUGCACCAACUGCACAAGUAGUGGUCCCACAACCUACCGGUACAGCACAUAGUCUUGAGAAUCACAGCGUGUCGGCACUUAUGCUUACAUCAAAUCUACACGCUGAUUCUACAUUGACCCCAACACCACAACCAGAAGGGGACCAAUGAAAGCAGGGAAUACGGGCAAUUACCAGUUAAUAUAUAACCACGCCACACUUGCUAAAGAAACACCCACAUUUCUCCCCCAUCUUCCAAAACAGCAGUGUAUAUUGAAAACAAAAAAAGAAGGAAUUUUUCAAAGGUAACUUUUGCUUCCUGUUUACCUACUCCCCCCGUCCGUUGGUGUGCAGUUGCUGUUGAUUUGCCAGAGGCAAAAAUCGCUGUCGCCAAUGUACCCACCAACUUGUACUGCAUCCUAUUUGUAUUCAUCCAUCCAAUUAAUCGUUGUUUUUUAAGAAGUCGUGCAUGUGAUGUUUUUAUCUACUUCAAAGAAAUGGAGGAGGAAGAAAAAAAAUAAUAACUUAAAAAAAAAAAAAAAAAAAAAAA